GCUCUGAAGGACCUGAAGCUGGACUUCCUGCAGAAGAAGGAGCGCUUCGAGACGCUGCACUCCUUCAGCGACAUGAAGGAGCUGCUGCCGAGCCUCCAGAGGCACAUGGCCUGGAGUCUGGUGCGAGAUAAGGAGCAGUUUGUGCAGCGGUUAAAGGAGGACGUGGAGAAAGAGGAGAGUAAUCAGAAACAUCAGGAGAACCUCAAGCUCUGCCAGACUAAGCUCACAGCUGCAGAGCAGAAGCUGCGGGGCGUUAGAAGCAGAAUUGAAAGUGUGACGCAGGAACAGGAAGCUCUUUCUGAAGGUCAUCUGAGGUUAAAGGAGCAGCUGAAGGUCGUCAGCAAAGAGCACAAUGAACAGGAGAUCGUUUAUUUUAGGGCUCUGAACAAAUUCAAAGAGUCGGAGCGAGAGCAGAACUUUCUUCAGGAGAAAAUAAACAAGACGAGAACAAGUCUCAGUGUGAGUAAAGAUGGAGAGACGGAGUAUUCGAAGCAGCAGAAGAGGAUCGUGAGUUUGAGGAAGCAGCUGGAGGAACUCGAGGAAACGCAUUCGCAGCUGAAACGAGGAAAUAAAGAACGAGCAUCAGGCGCUGUUCACAGGAAGAGAGGAGCGCGACAAACUCAGGUCAGACAAUUCUGCUUUAAUAACGUGUGAUUACGUAUCUGCCACUACGUUUUUUUGUUGCACUA